GGGGGUGACAAGAGCAAGGCAAGGCAAGGCAAGUGAAAAGGAAAGCAAGGCGGAGAGGAGACAUCGCAUCAUCGCACGACAGCAAGAAUGGCUCUGAAACCCACCCCUCUCUCUUGCCGAUCUCCCAAGUUCAAUAUGUCUUCCUUUGCCCUCCCUCAGAUGGCAACCCUCAGAUCUCCCAGGUUCAUCAUGGCCUCCACCCUUCGUUCUGGUUCCAAAGAGGUUGAAAAUCUCAAGAAGCCUUUCAUGCCUCCCAGAGAAGUGCAUGUCCAAGUAACCCAUUCUAUGCCACCCCAGAAGAUUGAGAUAUUCAAAUCUUUGGAGGCUUGGGCAGAAGAGAACAUCCUGGUUCACCUUAAGCCUGUGGAAAAAUGUUGGCAACCACAAGAUUUUCUACCAGAACCUUCAUCAGAUGGUUUUGAUGAGCAAGUAAAGGAACUGAGAGAGAGAGCAAAGGAGAUUCCCGAUGAUUAUUUUGUUGUACUGGUAGGAGAUAUGGUCACAGAAGAAGCCCUGCCAACUUACCAGACAAUGCUUAAUACCUUGGAUGGAGUUCGUGAUGAAACAGGAGCCAGCCUUACUUCCUGGGCAGUUUGGACAAGGGCAUGGACUGCUGAAGAAAAUAGACAUGGUGACCUUCUCAACAAGUAUCUUUACCUGUCUGGACGAGUUGACAUGAGGCAAAUUGAAAAGACAAUCCAAUACCUAAUUGGAUCUGGAAUGGAUCCUCGGACUGAGAAUAGCCCCUACCUUGGGUUCAUUUACACUUCAUUUCAAGAGAGAGCAACAUUUAUAUCCCAUGGAAACACCGCCAGGCUCGCUAAGGAGCAUGGUGAUAUUAAGUUGGCUCAGAUAUGUGGUACAAUUGCAUCAGAUGAAAAGCGCCACGAGACUGCCUAUACGAAGAUAGUGGAAAAGCUAUUUGAGAUAGAUCCUGAUGGAACAGUAUUGGCAUUUGCUGACAUGAUGAGGAAGAAAAUAACCAUGCCAGCGCACUUGAUGUAUGAUGGCCGGGAUGACAACCUGUUUGAGCACUAUUCUGCUGUUGCGCAGCGGAUUGGGGUCUACACUGCCAAGGACUAUGCUGAUAUACUUGAGUUUCUGGUAGGCAGGUGGAACGUGGAGAACCUAACUGGACUAUCAGGUGAGGGGAGGAAGGCUCAGGAUUUUGUUUGUGGGCUACCAGCAAGAAUCAGAAGGCUGGAGGAGAGAGCUCAAGGAAAAGCCAAGCAAAUGCCAAGCCUUCGAUUCAGUUGGAUAUAUGACAGGGAAGUACAACUUUGAAUACAUUAAAGAGCGUUAUGUUCAUUCUCUGGCUCCUGCCUCCUGUUCUGAGAAUGCUGGAAUGCUGGAACAUGUGAAAGCAACCAUUUUGCCGUUUCUUUUUCGUUUUGUAUGUUGUCUUUUAGCGUAAGGUGAAUUUGGGAUUUGGUGGCUUGCGUAGUUCACUUGUUAAGCUCAAGCUUGUUAAGCAGGUAGGGCCUCUUCUUUCUUA